AUGAGUAGCCCACGCCGCAGAAUCGAAACAGAUGUCAUGAAGCUCAUGAGCGACUACGAGGUAACUCUGGUCAACGACAACAAGUUCUUUGUCCGGUUCAAGGGCCCAGCCGAGACUCCCUUCGAGGGCGGCCUCUGGAAAGUGCACGUCGAGUUGCCAGACACCUACCCAUACAAGUCUCCCAGCAUCGGUUUCGUCAACCGCAUCUUUCACCCAAACAUCGAUGAGCUGUCCGGAUCUGUCUGCUUGGACGUCAUCAAUCAAACCUGGUCACCGAUGUUCGAUAUGAUCAACAUCUUUGAAGUCUUCCUCCCACAACUUUUGCGCUACCCGAAUCCCACCGAUCCACUCAACGGAGAAGCUGCCGCAUUGUUGAUAAGAGAACCCAAGAGUUAUGACGCCAAGGUAAAGGAAUAUGUCUUGAAAUACGCUACCAAGGAUGCUGCCGACGAGGCGGGGGCUGAGAGCGAGGACGAUGACGACAUGUCAUCUGUUGCCAGCUUUGGCGACGAUGACGACGACGACGACGACGACGACGAACCCGCCGGGCAGAUGGACGACGUAUAA